UGUCACAGAGCCUAUCUAUCUGUCGAGCCUCCUCUCUGUUGUAACUGUGAGUCCGUCAGCCUUUUGACAACUAAAAACUCGCUUUUCUGCUGUGUCCACGUGGAUCAUCUAUCAUGGAAUUAUUAGUUCGGUAUCUGGACCGCAGCAAUUCAAUUUGCUCUGUCUCAACCCAAGACAUUAUCAAAGAGGACACCCUGAGAGAUGACCUAAAGUAUUACUUUAUGAGCCCCUGUGAGAAGUACCGGGCCAGAGGACAGAAACCCUGGAAACUUGUGGUGCAGAUUCUGAAAAUCGUCAUGAUCACCACACAACUCAUCCUGUUCGGCCUCAACAACCAGCUGGUGGUGUCCUAUAAGGAGGAGAACAUGAUGGCCCUCAAAAACCUCUUCCUGAAGGACUACAGUGGGGUGGAUGAGGACGACUACAGUGUUGCUGUUUACAACCAACAACAAGUCUACGACAGCAUGUUUUUUGUCCUGGAUCAGUACAGCCAGUUGGGCCGGCUCUCGGUGGGUCCCAUCAGUUACGCUGAGGAUGAAGAAGGUAAGCUGCUUCCUCUCGUCCUGUGUAAAGAAUACUACAAGAGGGGCACCUUGGACCCCUCCGAUGAAGCCUUCGAUAUAGACGCUGAGCUGGAGACAGUUUGUAUGUCACAUGAUCCAAAGACUGCAAACCAAUGGAGAACCCAGAAUUCCUCCUUUUUUGAUCUGGACUUUUACAGGCUUGUUGACAUCAAAGCAACCUUCCAGCUGAAAGGAAUCAACCUGCAGACUGUGCGAUCACGGGAGUUACCUGACUGCUACUCCUUCUACGUUACGAUAACAUUUGACAACCAGUGUCACAGUGGAAAGGUGAAAAUAUUCCUGGACAUCGACGCUCAGAGCUGUGCGUGCAGAGACUGGAAGAUAUCUGGCAUUGCUCAGAAGAACACACACUAUCUGCUGGUGUUUGACGCCUUCGUCAUUCUGGUUUGCCUCACAUCGGCGGUGCUGUGCACUCGCUCCAUCGUUCUGGCUGUCAGGUUACUGCAGAGAUUCUCCAGAGUCUUUCAUGAGAACUACAAUCAUAAAGUGUGUGAGGAUGACCAGAAGGAGUUUCUGAACGGCUGGUAUGUGCUGGUCAUCAUCAGCGACCUCUUGGCUAUAGUUGGAUCCAUACUGAAGAUGGAAAUACAAGCAAAGGUAAAUCAUGUAUUUCUGUCUUAUAAAUAGGUAAUAUAGAGCCGAAAAAACUGACUUGGAUAACUACAGGUCAAAUGUCAAAUAAACAUAGAACAAGAAGCAAAAUAUAUUUUUUUCGCACACUGUCAAAAUGAAGUUAAGUAUAAGAUAUAACAAAAUCAGGCAAAAAAGAAAAAAUGUCCCCCCUCGAAGGAACAUGUGAAACAGUCACCUUUGCUUGUAUGUCCUGUAAUUUAUAUAGCCAUUGAAGAAUACAAAUCAGGGAGUGUCUGGUGGACUUUGAAAUGAAGUGUUUAAUGUAGACACUGGCCGUUUCUCAAUGUCGAGUAGAGCUGCUGCAGAGCCACUAU